ACUAAUUAGCAAACUUUCUCCCUUCAAAAAAAAAUAGCAAAAAUCUUUCUCAACCUCUUAAAAAUGAACUAUUUCGCAAUUCUCUUUACCUUUUCCCUUCUCUCCAUAAUCACAUUUUCUCACGCACUCGUUGAGGAUUUUUGCGUGGCGGAUUACACUCUCCCUAAUGGACCGGCAGGGUACUCUUGUAAAGAUCCUGCUAAAGUCACCUUUGACGACUUUAUUUUCAAGGGCCUAAGCGCCGUUGGAAACACCUCCAACAUUUACAAGAGUUGCGUAACUCCGGCAUUCUCCUCCGAGUUUGCGGCCUUCAACGGUCUAGGGCUCGCCAUGGCAAGACUAGACUUUGAUAUAGACGGAGUUGUCGCGUUGCAUUCUCACCGAACAUCAGAAGUACUCAUUUUAACCCAGGGAGAAAUCAUUGCUGGAUUCAUCUCUACAAACAACACUGCCUAUUACAAGAGACUCAAAGUUGGUGAGAUUAUGGUUUUCCCACAAUCACUCUUGCAUUUCCAACUUAAUGUUGGUAAAACUCCGGCCGUAGCGAUUGUUACGUUGAAUAGCGCAAAACCGGGACUUCAGUUCACUGAUAAUUCUCUCUUUGCUGGGAACCUCCCUGUUGAGCUUGUGGAGAAGACUAUGCUUCUUGGUGCUAAACAAGUCAAGAGGCUUAAGAAGGCAUUUGGUGGUUCUAUGAAUUGAAACUUUUAAUAAUAAUUUUGUUUUAGUAAUAAAUAAAACUAAUAAGUAUGUAAACAUUUAUUUUGGUUUCUCAUUAUAUGUUACCUCUUAUUGGAAAUCUUAUGGUGAGUUUGCGAAUAAGCCACAAAGAUAAUAGAGUUUAAGAUUGAAA